GACUAUCACAAUAUUAACAUCAUAAAAUAAUUCAACAAACAAAAAUGUCAUCAUCAAACAAUAACAAUGGCAAGACUUUGCAUAUGGCAAUGUACCCUUGGUUUGCCUUUGGACACCUUACUUCUUUCCUUCACUUAGCCAACAAAUUAGCUGAAAGAGGUCACAAAGUGUCAUUUUUUCUCCCUACAAAAACUCAAACCAAAUUAGCCUCUCAUAACCGUCAUCCCAACCUCAUAACAUUCAUCCCCAUCAGUGUCCCCUCGGUCCAUGGACUCCCUGCUGGGGCGGAGACAACCAAUGAUGUCUCCGCCCAAGCUCGGCCUAGCCUCAUGGAUGCCAUGGACUUGACUCGACCUGAUAUUGAUUCCCAUCUUUCACAUCUCAAGCCCGAUUACAUCUUUUUCGACUUCACUGAAUGGGUCCCUAGUGUGGCCCGGAAAUACUCAAUCAAAUCCAUAUAUUAUUAUACUUCAUACAUGGCAAAUAUGGCUUAUUGUAACCUCCAAGCCCGAAACCUUCCUGAUAAGCAUAAGUAUACGGAGGCGGACUUGAUGAGUCCGCCUCCUGGUUUUCCAUGUCCUGUCAUAAGGAUGCGGGCCCAAGAGGCCCGCACCUUUGCGUACAUGUGUCAAAUGGUAUUUGGGGGAGGGAUGACAUUGGUGGAAAGAAAAACAAAAUGUUUUGAAGAAUGUGAUUUAAUAGCGAGUAAGACUUGUAGGGAGAUUGAAGGGGCUUAUUAUGAUUUUUAUGAGAACAAGUUGAUUAAACCAUUUCUUUUAGUGGGACCAAUGAUGCCCGAACCACCCACGUCUAGGCUCGAUGACUACUUCGAUGGUUGGCUCAACGGUUUUGGUCAUGGUACCGUGGUUUAUUGUGCACUUGGGAGUGAAUGUGUUCUUGGAAAAGAUCAGUUUCAAGAGCUUGUUUAUGGACUUGAACUCACUGGUAGGCCAUUUUUAGCAGCAUUACGACCACCUAGCGGAUGUGAAACAAUUGAGCAAGCCUUGCCGGAAGGAUACAUGGAAAAAAUCAAAGGGCGAGGAAUAAUUCAUAGUGGUUGGGUGCAACAACAAUUGAUCUUGCAGCAUCCAUCGGUAGGGUGUUUCGUGACACAUUGUGGGGCGGGAUCAUUAACCGAAGCCAUGUUAAGUGAGUGUCAAUUAGUGCUGAUACCUCAAGCUAUAGAUCAGUUUGUGAAUGCAAGAAUGAUGAGCCUCGACUUGAAAGUAGGGGUUGAAGUAGAUAAGGGAGAAGAUGAUGGUUUUUUCACCAAACAAGCUGUUUUUGAAGCAAUUGAGAUGGUAAUGAAGCCAGAAAGUGUAGUAGGGAAAGAGGUGAGGGACAAUCAUACUAAAUUGAGGAAUCUGUUAUCAAAGGAAGGGCUUGAGGACUCCUAUAUAGAUAAGUUUGUUCAAAGUCUACAAGAUUUGGUUUGAGUUCAGCUUUGUAAUGUGUUAACAAAUUAUAAUAAAGUCUUGUGUAUUCUCAUGUUUUCAAA